AUGAUUUCUAUGGGUCUUCAAUGUCCAAUGGGUGCGACCAGGAACCUUACUGAGGUAUUCAUGUUGCUGCGUAACAAUGCGCAGCAGAAUAAAUUUAUGUAUGGUGAUAACUAUCCGGUGACCGCAGAUGAAAAAAUGUCGCUAGUUGCAUUAGACGAAGAAACUGGCAAUGCAGCAGUCGAAACGUCUAAGACUCUUUCUGAGUGGAUAACUUACGUAGAUGAAACUCAAUAUGAAUUUACUCGGAUCAGACUUCGCUUGAAUAGCAUUCGUGAAGCUCAACAAAGCUCAAUUGCAAAUCCUAGUUUCAGUGAUGAUUCUGAAGAACAAAGAAAGAUAGAUGCGGGUACAGAAGAAGUUACUCAAAUGCUAAGCCACUGCCACCGUUUUAUUGGCAUGAUUGAGAACGCCCACGUUCGUCCGCAGUCACAAGAAGCUCUUCUGAAAGAGAAUGUUGUUACAUCGCUUAGGCUGAAAUUGAGCAACAUAACUGCUGAUUUUAGAACAAGUCAAGCAGCCUAUUUGAGACAAAUAGAAGCUAGGAAGGAAACUGUUGAUUCUUAUUUAUUAUCAUCGUCAAGUGGAUGGGUGACUGUUGAAGCACUUGACGAAGCGCCUUCGGGUGAUGAAGGUUUAACAAUGGAGCAGAUUCAACUACUACUGCAAAAUGCUGAUAUGGUCAAGGAACGGGAAAGAGAUGUGCUGGCUGUCAGCAAGUCGAUAGUUCAACUUAAUUCUUUAUUUAAAGACUUGGCAGCCAUGAUUGUCGAUCAGGGUACUGUUUUGGACAGAAUUGAUUAUAACGUGGAACAAGCGGCAUUAAAAGUUAAGUCUGCACUCAAAAGUGUAGAGAAAGCCGAACGUCACCAAAGAAGUGAUAAAAAGAUGUAUUGUAUUGCCGUACUCUCUGUAACGAUUAUUAUUUUACUAAUUCUUCUAAUUUUUAUUAAGUCACGACGUUUACAGUUGCUUUGA